AUGAGCUCUGACACUGCAGAGGAAUAUAGGCUACCGCCAGACCUCAUCGAGACGGCGUUCGACGCCGUCGUGAUCCACGACCUGGGCGAGCUCAAGACCGCCGCCCGCCAGUUCCCAGAGUGUAUCGGCGACGCGCAUGCCGGCGUGUUCUACCUCUUUGUCGGGGACACACUCGUGGGAGUGUGCGACGAGGGAUACGGAGCAGAGAUGAUCGCCAAGCUUGGCCCACUUGACGCGCCGGAGGCGUGCACUAUUGCGACCGAAGACUACGUCGCGGCCCACAAGUUUAAGCCGCGCAGCACGUCGUCAAGCAGUCAGAACGCUAGCGACGUUGCUGAGACCACCCCGGGCUACAAGCUUCUCACGAUGGCCGCUGCCUUGCGUCGCACUUGCGAGGGCUGUGCCCUCAACCACUAG